AUGGGAGCAUCUGCCAUCGGCUGCGACAUUUUCGGCGUGGAGAACGGGAAGAAAGUUGCGUGUCUGCGCAAGGAUAUCCAUAAUGAGAUGAAACUUCGCAGUUCGGACUCGAUCGGGCCGAGACUGAGGUCGAUGGGCCCGCAAAGCGAACCGCUCGCGGCGGAAUGGAUCGGCGGAAGCGAAUCGUCUCAUUCCCGCCCGCGUCUCGUCCAACCGCACUUCCUUCCCGCUCAGCAGAGGAGCGUCUACGAGGACGAGGAAGAGUGCCUCAAGGAGCGGAAAUGGUGGUGUUUCCUCCUCUCCAGCAUCGUCACCUUCGCGGUGGGGAUCCUCUUGGUCCUGCUGGGACGCCUCUUGAAGACCAUCAUCUCCCGCAAGGACAAGAGCGGUCUCUACACCCAAGCGAAGCAGGCGGGAAAGCAACAGGGGCCGCACGGUGGAGACCGUCACGGCGGGCCGAACGACCCGAGAGGCGAAUUCGAAGGGACUUUCAUGACGGAAGCCAAAGACUGGGCCGGGGAACUCAUCUCUGGACAGACCACCACGGGACGGAUACUCGUCGUGCUGGUGUUCAUCCUCAGCAUCGCGUCUCUCGUCAUCUACUUCAUCGAUGCUUCGAGUUUCGGUCGUGGGAGAAAGGAAUCCGUGGAAAAGUGUCAACUGUGGUCGCAGAACACGACUCAACAGAUCGAUCUUGCCUUUAACAUUUUCUUCAUGGUCUAUUUCUUCAUUCGGUUCAUCGCAGCCAGUGAUAAGUUUUGGUUCAUGCUUGAGAUGUAUUCCUUCGUCGACUACUUCACGAUUCCGCCCUCGUUCGUUUCCAUCUAUCUGGAUCGCACUUGGAUCGGCCUGAGGUUCCUGCGAGCCCUUCGCCUCAUGACCGUUCCUGACAUCCUUCAGUACCUGAAUAUUUUGAAAACCUCCAGUUCCAUCCGAUUGGCUCAACUGGUCUCCAUUUUCAUCUCGGUAUGGCUUACUGCCGCCGGAAUGAUCCACUUGUUGGAGAAUUCCGGGGAUCCGUUCGAUUUCUCGAACCCACACUCUAUGCCGUAUUGGGAAUGCGUUUAUUUCCUAAUCGUCACCAUGGCAACAGUGGGCUACGGGGAUGUGGCGUGCGAAACCGUCCUCGGUCGCACUUUUAUGGUCUUCUUCAUCCUCGUCGGACUGGCCAUGUUUGCAAGUAGCAUCCCUGAAAUCUUUGAGCUUUUAGGCCGAAGGUCCAAAUACAGCGGCGAGUACAAGAGGGAAUAUGGCAAGAGGCACAUCGUGGUUUGUGGGCAUAUCACGUACGAAUCCGUGUCUCAUUUCCUCAAAGAUUUCCUUCAUGAAGACCGAGAGGACGUGGACGUGGAAGUCGUCUUCCUCCACAGGCAAGAGCCUGAUUUGGAAUUGGAAGGGCUCCUCAAGAGGCAUUAUACCACGGUUGAGUUUUUUCAGGGCUCCAUGAUGGCAGCUUCUGACUUAGAGAGAGUCAAGGUGCACGAGGCGGACGCAUGCCUCGUCUUGGCCAAUAAAUACUGCCAAGACCCGGAUGCCGAAGAUGCCGCUAAUAUCAUGAGAGUGAUCUCAAUCAAGAAUUAUUCCGAUGACAUUCGGGUCAUCAUCCAGCUUAUGCAAUACCACAACAAGGCAUAUCUGUUGAACAUUCCAAGUUGGGACUGGAAGCGAGGUGACGACGUGAUCUGCCUGGCCGAGCUCAAAUUGGGAUUCAUCGCUCAAAGUUGCCUUGCUCCCGGUUUCUCCACUAUGAUGGCGAACCUCUUCGCCAUGCGUUCUUAUAAAACGAAGCCCGAAACACGCGCAUGGCAAAAUGAUUAUCUCCAAGGCUCGGGAAUGGAAAUGUAUACUGAGACAUUCUCUACUGCCUUUAGUGGGAUGCCAUUCUCUGUCGCAGCUGAAUUGUGCUUCACCAAGCUCAAGCUCCUCUUGCUUGCCAUCGAACUGAAGGGGGAAGAUGGGGGUGAUUCCAAGAUCUCCAUCAACCCCCGUGGUGCUCGCAUCUUGCCACACACGCAAGGGUUCUUUAUUGCUCAGUCCGCCGAUGAGGUCAAAAGGGCCUGGUUCUAUUGCAAAGCGUGCCACGACGACAUCAAGGAUGAGACGUCCAUCAAGAAAUGCAAGUGUAAAAACCCUGAACUGGGAAAAGAGCACGAAUCAACAAGUGGGAAAGGGCUGUUGAAGGCCGCUGUGGCAUUGCAAAAGCCUGGAACGAAGCCCGGAGUCCAGACCGUUAACCACCAGAGUCACGGGAAACAGAAUCACGAAGCUUCCAACACGCCGACAAGUCGGAGUAGUGGUGGGAAUAAUUCGAAUCAAAAUGGUGGAGGGCUCAAGGUUGGGAUUGCCGACGAUCAAGCCCAGGAUUUCGAUUUUGAGAAGAUGGAGAUGAAGUACGACUCAACGGGGAUGUUCCAUUGGUGCCCUGCUCGUUCCAUGGAGGAAUGUAUUUUGGAUCGAAAUCAGGCGGCGAUGACGGUGCUGAAUGGGCAUGUUGUGGUGUGCCUAUUUGCGGACCCAGAUUCCCCUUUGAUGGGACUAAGGAACCUGGUGAUGCCAUUGAGGGCCUCAAAUUUCCAUUACCAUGAGCUGAAACAUGUUGUGAUCGUCGGCUCUGUGGAUUACAUCCGACGAGAGUGGAAGAUGAUCCAGAACCUCCCUAAAAUUUCCAUCCUCAACGGGUCGCCGCUAAGUCGAGCUGACUUGCGAGCUGUGAACGUGAACCUCAGCGACAUGUGUGUGAUCCUGUCGGCGAAGAUUCCGAGCAACGAUGACCCGACCCUGGCGGACAAAGAGGCCAUCCUUGCUUCCCUCAAUAUCAAGGCCAUGACCUUUGACGAUACCAUCGGCGUCCUCUCACAAAGUAACGCAGGUCUGGGAACGGUGGGGAGUCCAAUCGUGCUCCAGAGAAGGGGCUCCGUCUAUGGCAGCAAUGUCCCCAUGAUCACAGAGCUGGUGAAUGACAGUAACGUGCAGUUCCUGGACCAGGACGAUGACGACGACCCGGACACGGAGCUGUACCUGACCCAGCCGUUCGCAUGUGGGACGGCCUUUGCCGUCUCCGUCCUCGACUCCCUCAUGUCGACCACGUACUUCAAUCAAAAUGCCCUGACGAUGAUUCGGUCCCUCAUAACUGGUGGAGCUACUCCGGAAUUGGAGCUAAUCCUAGCCGAAGGAGCUGGACUUCGUGGGGGAUACAGUACACCCGAGAGCCUAGCGAACCGGGAUCGGUGUCGUGUGGGGAUGAUCUCCUUACACGACGGACCUCUGGCCCGGUUUGGAGGGAACGGCAAGUAUGGCGAUCUCUUCGUCUCCGCCCUCAGGACCUACGGCAUGCUCUGCAUCGGACUCUACAGGCUUAGGGACACGAAUUCAAGUUCUGAGAAUGCCUCAUCCAAGAGAUACGUCAUUACUAAUCCUCCAGGGGAUUUCUCUCUUCUCUCCUCUGACCGGGUGUACGUGCUGAUGCAAUUUGACCCUGGGAUGGAGUACAAACCGACGCGUGGAGGAGGCGGAGGCGGAGGGGGAAAACCUGCUGACUCCUGACUAUUGCAUUGUAGCGCCCUCACAGAUGGACCCUACUCCUUCAUCUGAACAACUCCUAUCCAACAUGGAUUCAAGGGGGCGCUACAUGGAAAAACAAAUCGAAGAAAAAAAGAGAAUCUCUUGAGAUGUUUCUGCACGCAAAUGCCUUCGUGUUUGCAGAAGUGCAGUAUUUUUCACGUUCGAUGUCCUUCAUUUCCUUGCCAGUAUACGGUUUCUUAUCAUGUCUGUGAUUGCAGUUUGUGUGCUAUGUCGCUGCUCUUGCGGUAGUAGACUUGCAUAAGAGAAAAGAACAGAUUUUGCAUAUACUAAAAAAAAAACCUUUGCCCAGAGCGACAGUCUCUUCCUAUUGCCUUGUCUACACUCUUAUCAUUAGAUGAUGAUGCUCAAGAUGAUUAAUACAAUAUCGUGUGUCUACACCAUGAUAUUAGGUAUCAAAAUCUUCGAUGAUUCUGAUGAUAUAGGAGUAUGAAAUAGCCAUCAUUGACUAGCGAUAAGGGAAUCCCAGAAAAGGAAUCCCUAAAAGAUCAAUGCUACGUACGGCAUCUUUCAUGCGAGGUUGCCCAGAUGACUAUGCUCUCCUUUUACGAUCAUCGGUUCCGUCCAAUUUAUGUGAUAAGUCGAGUUAUCACUGACGUCAAACUUAACUGUCACUUCACUGACAUCGUAGAAGAUUUAUCACUGACAUUAACAUAGUAAUAUUUUCUUCCGUCCGCGCUAGGUAUGGUCGGUCAUGAGUCGAUAGUACUGACAAACAUAACACUGACAAUCGUAGUGUUAGCAAUCGUAAGAUAAGAGUGUAGACAAGGCACAUGAUGCAUCGUCCCUACAUCGUUGCCAUUGCAUCUGCGCCUCCGGAUUUUGUGGCCUUUAGCAUGGGAGAAUAUCUUGGACAAACACUCAAAUGCUACAGAUUGUCCGAGGCUGUAUGGACGGUGUUGUUGGCAAGAGAAAUCGCUGGACAGAGGUAAAAAAAGAGACAAUAUGCAUCAUUCUUGUGUUAUCAUCAUCAUCAUCAUCAUUAUGGCGAUACACGUGAUCCCGAUCCAGAUCCCUCUGGCUUUCGCUCCAUGGUUGGAUCUUUUGCUCGUUUUCAUCACAUGCUGUUGCACAUUCCACUCCAAGAGCCAUUGAAAGAUUUCUAUGGACAAUAAAAUUAAGAUGAACUCUUUGAA